GGGGCUCUGACAGAAAUGGUGACAGACAAAGCAAACCAUCAGCUUGAUUUAUUAUUGGUAAGGGACGGGAUCCCUGGAAUGGCAGGGACUCAGCGCUGGCCGGGGGAUUGUUUUGAUGUGCAGGUCUGUGGUCUGUGGGGUACAAGACUGAUGGAAGAAAACACGAGCAGAGAGAGAUACCUGAAGAGUGUUUUACGAGAACUGAUCACAUAUGUGAUUUUCGUUGUGGUCUUGUGUGUCUUGACGUAUGGGAUGGUGAGUUCCAGUAUGUACUAUUACACUAGGGUAAUGUCCCAGCUGUUCUUGGAAACACCUUUAUCGAAAAUGGAGAAAACCAAUUUCAAAACCUUAUCCACCAUGGAAGACUUCUGGAAGUUCACAGAAGGCCCUUUGCUGGAUGGUUUGUACUGGGAGAUGUGGUACAACAAUAAAACCACGACAGAAAACAGAAGUUUCAUUUAUUAUGAGAACCUGCUUUUGGGGGUGCCUCGUAUUCGGCAGCUGAAAGUAAAAAAUGGGUCAUGCUCAAUACCUGAGGAUUUAAAAGAUGAAAUUAAAGAGUGCUAUGAUGUUUAUUCUGUUGCUAAUGAAGAUACUGAUCCUUUUGGGCUCCAAAAUGGAACAGCUUGGAUUUACACCAGUGAACAAGAUUUGAAUGGGAGUAGCCAUUGGGGGCUGAUUGCCUCAUACAGUGGGGCUGGUUACUAUCAGGAUCUGUCAAGAAGCAGAGAGGCGACUGCAGCACAGAUUGCUAACCUUAAGAAACACUUGUGGCUGGAUAGAGGAACAAGGGCCACCUUUAUUGAUUUCUCUGUAUAUAAUGCGAACAUCAAUCUAUUCUGUAUUGUCAGGUUAUUGGUGGAGUUUCCAGCAACUGGAGGUCUCAUUAGUUCUUGGCAAUUUCAGCCAGUGAAGCUUACCCACUACAUUUCUACUUUUGAUUUCUUCCUGGCAGCCUGUGAAAUGGCCUUUUGUCUCUUCAUGCUUUAUUAUAUAGUAGAAGAGAUCUUGGAAAUACAUAUUCAUAAACUGCAUUAUUUCAGGAGUCUCUGGAAUUGUCUUGAUAUUCUCAUCAUUAUGUUAUCAGUAGCAGCUAUAGGAAUUAAUAUAUAUAGAAGGUCAACAGUGGACAGGUUACUGAAGAAACAACUGGAAGAUCAAAAUACUUUCCCCAAUUUUGAACCUUUGGCAUAUUGGCAAAUACAAUUCAACAACAUUUCUGCUGUCACUGUGUUUUUUGUCUGGAUUAAGCUCUUCAAAUUUGUCAGCUUCAACAGAACAAUGAGCCAGUUAUCUACCACUAUGUCUCGCUGUGCCAAAGAUGUCAUUGGCUUUGCUAUUAUGUUUUUCAUUAUUUUCUUAGCAUAUGCUCAGCUGGCUUACCUUGUGUUUGGAACUCAAAUUGAUAACUUCAGCACUUUCCAGGACUGUGUCUUUACUCAGUUCCGCAUCAUUUUGGGAGACUUUAACUUUACAGAGGUUGAAGAAGCUAACAGAGUUUUUGGACCAAUUUAUUUUACUACAUUUGUGUUCUUUAUGUUCUUCAUCCUUUUGAACAUGUUUUUGGCAAUUAUCAAUGAUACUUAUUCAGAGGUCAAAUCAGAUAUGGCCCAGCAGAAGGCGGAAAUGGAACUGUCUGAUCUUAUCAAAAAGGGAUACAGUAAAGCCAUGAUCAAACUUAAACUGAAAAAAGCUACUGUUGAUGACAUUUCAGAGAACUUACGACAAGGUGGGGGCAAGUUAAACUUUGAUGAACUACGACAAGAUCUCAAGGGGAAGGGUCACACUGAUGCAGAGAUUGAAGCAAUAUUUACUAAAUAUGACCAGGAUGGGGAUCAGGAAUUGACAGAACAUGAACAUCAGCAAAUGAGAGAUGAUCUAGAGAAAGAGAGGGAAGAUCUAGAUCUGGACAGGAGUGUUCUACCACGUCCAAUGAGUGGUCGAAGCUUCCCUCGCAGUCUGGAUGACUCUGAAGAAGAUGAUGAUGAGGACAGUGGACACAGCUCCAGAAGAAGAGGCAGCAGUUCUAGUGGAGUUUCAUAUGAAGAAUUCCAAGUGCUGGUGAGACGAGUGGAUCGCAUGGAACAUUCCAUAGGGAGUAUUGUUUCCAAAAUUGAUGCUGUUAUUGUAAAGCUUGAAGCAAUGGAGCGAGCCAAGUUGAAAAGGAGAGAUGUGUUGGGAAGACUGUUGGAUGGAGUUACAGAGGAUGAAAGAUUGGGACGUGACAAUGAAAUCCACAGGGAACAAAUGGAGCAAUUAGUGCGAGAGGAAUUGGAGCGUUGGGAGUCUGACGACACAGUUUCCCGAAUGAGCCACUGCUUGGGAACACCAGUUGGCCUAAAUAGCCAGCCUCGUUCUAGGAAUUCUCGUCCAUCCUCCUCUCAAUCAACAGAAGGCAUUGAUAGAAGCGGAGGAGGGAAUGGUGGUAGCAAUAUCCAUGUGUAAUAUUCUUUGUUUUUUAAAUGUCAUUCCUGUAUUGUCACAGUGAAUGCACUAUUUACUAUUUGUUUUCCAAAACCAGUGAUGAAUGUUAAACCUACCAGUGUCCCCAGCUAAGGUUUGAUCAGUAAGCCAUAGGAACAUCAAAUCUACAACCACUAUGUCAGAUGUAGAGGGGCAUUAGAUUCCUACCCCACUAAAUAAGGUGGUGUUCCCAUUGCCACCUAAACUGGCUUUAGGAUCAUAAUGCACCAGCAGCAUUGCUUAAAAAGUAACUGCACUUACAGGAUCUGUGCCUGAGGAAUUUUAUAGUUUCCGUAUCCUCAUUCAGUAAAUACAACUGUUCUUUUUUUUUUCUAAGAACUUCCAUCUUAAUGUUGCUACACAGCAGGAGUUCAUUUUGGUUAAGUAAAAUAGGACA